AUGCGCUUCUCAACCAUCCUCGCCUCAGUAUUGCUUGCAGCGCCUAUCCAGGCAGCAAAGCUAUUAAUCUGUUCUGAUAGCACUACGGCAAACUAUGCCACUGGAAAUGCCCUACAGGGUUGGGGCUUUUAUAUCCAAGACUACACCACCUUGACGGUCUCGAACCUCGCCAAAAACGGCCGCUCGACUAGAUCCUUUAUCAACGAAGGUCUAUGGAGUGAUCUGUUGUCAAAGACAGCUUCAGGGGACUUUGUUGUUAUUGAGAUGGGUCACAACGACGACGGUGAUCCCACUACAUCUGACCGAGCUACCCUCCCAGGCACCGGCGAAGAAACCGUCACCGUCACCACCACCACAGGCAGCAAAGAAGUCGUGCACACGUUCGGCUGGUAUCUGCGCAAGAUGAUCGCCGACGUCAAGGCCAAGGGUGCAACACCUGUCAUCUCCGGUAUGGUUAAUCGCAAUUACUGGACUGGCAACACGCUGCAGUCGAAGUGGCCUUUCGCGGACUAUGCUGAGGCCGUGGCUAAAGCGGCUGGAGUCGAAUACAUUAACCAUACAAAGUACUCUGUGGCAUUGUUCCAGGCGAUUGGUCCUACGAAGGCCAAGACUUAUUAUCCUAAUGAUAAUACGCAUACUAACUGGGAUGGUGCAAAGUUGAACACACAGACUUUUGUUCAGGCUGUCAAGUACAAAUGCGGCGGGACUAGUGUGCUUAAGAAGUAUCUGAAUGCAGCUGGCAAUGCUAUCAGUAGCCCGGCUCAACAGUCAUGCUAG